AUGUCGUCGAGUCCGGACCCGGCCGAUGGGCUUGCCCCGCUGCCGACCGUGAGGCGCGGGAAGAAGAGGUACGCCGCUUGUGCCAACGGAAGCGACCACGAGUUAAGAGAAGUUGCGCUGGCAAAGUACGAUCGGGCUGCAUUACGUGCAAGCUAUGAAUUCCAGCAGAAGCAGCCAGAUCGUCAAACUCAUCCGCGCCUGAUCAUCUCAAAGGGGACUUGGCGGGUCUGGCCUGCCGCUGUCCUGAGGGAACCCGGCUACGAGUCUGCAUUCUUCAGCAACCCGCAGGAGAAAGUCUACUUUGACUUUUGGCAGCACCUCGUGGCUAACAUCUAUCUCUUUCCCAACGACAUCAUGGUCCGCGUCGUACCACAGCUGGCGCGCCGUGAGCCAGCCAUCAAGCACGCAGCCCUCGCCAUGGCUGGAAUGGCCCGCGCCCUCGUUCCAUCACUCGUCAGGCGAUCCCGGAAGGAACUCCACGAUAACGGACCGCACUACGAGUUCGCUCUACAACAAUACGGUCGCGCGAUCAAGCUUGUGCGAAGUUCUCAACCAUCAAGCGAGAACAUGCUCUGGGCAAUCGUCUGCUGCGUGCUAUUUGUCACAUUUGAGUGUCUCCACGGCGACCGCAACGCUGCGUUGUCGCAUGUGAACCACGCUUACAAGAUGAUGGAAACCUACUUCAACCAGCGCUCUAUGGUCGAGGACGGUCCUGUGACAGACUCUAUCCGCGCAGUGUGCGACGAUGCUGCGUGGGUGUUUCAGGGUCUCACGAUGCAGGCCUGGUCGCACAAUGUGCUACACUCCAAGGAUGCUUCGCAAAUUAGCUGGUGUUGUCGGGGCAGCAAGCGUACUUAUGCGGUUGAGGAAAUGCCACCCAUCUUCACAGACGUCCACAUGGCACGGCGUUGGUGGAGAGUCGUGCAGCAUUACACGUGUCAUAGAUGUCCCAUCUACACGGAAAUGUUCGUCGACGGACUCUCAAAAGAGAUGUUGGUGGGCAGCUAUGUACGACCAGCUUUAUCUCCGAGUCACUUGGAUGAGCUGGCCGCUGUGCUUCCUGAGUUCCUUGGCCAUCUACGUCGUUGGCAGAAUGCCUUUCAAGGUGUCUACGACACACUGCGGGCGAACCAGGAACACGACUUCCACGCCUAUGUGGAUGCCUGUAACUUGCGCGUGCAGUACCUCACUCUCUGGACUGAUGUCUCAAGUCUGAGCUACAAGGAUAUUAAGAUGAUGAUCAUGCUGACGCCAUCAUUCCGCGAAAUGGUCCAGCUUAGUCGUAUCGUUCUGUCGGCGCAACAGAACUGCGGCGGAUGCACUGAGACUUUCAGCAUGGACAACGGCCCCACUCUGCCAUUGUUGGUUAUUGCGUGUCGAUGUCGAGAGGAUAGCGUGAGACGAGAAGCGAUAGAGUUGUUGGGGAAAUUUAACCGCCGAGACGGGCUUUGGGAUAGCAGGGCUUUCCACAGUGUCGCACUGAAAAACGUGGCGAUUGAGGCGGAAAACGCGAACGAAGGCGACGAUACUGAACAGUGGUCACGCAUGUCGAGACGUGAAGUGCGCUUCAGUCGCGAAGGGGAUGUGUUCGGCAGAAUGUUCAGAUGGCAGCCGGAUGUGAAGGAGUGGAAACACGUUGAGGAAUCUUUGUCAAUGGUCUGUCAGGAAGCAGUUUCGUUGGCAACGUAG